UGUUCCUGGGCAUAUAUACUGCCUGAAAGAUUGACACAAAUCGUCACGCGAGUAAUGUUAUCGAUUGUAUGGUAAUUUAUUCAUGUAAAACGAUGGAGAAAGUCUUUGUUGAGUGGUCGUUUCAGACAGUACAGUUUUAUAUUGCGUUGAGUGCACAACGUUUAAAAUAAUUUAAACCCAUACAAGUUUUUACCCGUUUAAAUGAACGAAUUAGAUGACGAUUUAAUAGAAAAACGACUGAAAGUCGUUUUAGUAGGAGAUUCUGGUGCCGGCAAAACAAGUAUAGCAACAAGGUUUUGCAAUGAUGAAUUUACAAGACAAUACAGUCCAACAGCUGGAAUUGAUUUUUUUAUGAAAAAUCUUUCUUUGGGUCCAUAUAAAAAUGUUAAUAUUUUUGUAUGGGAUGUUGGUGGAUUAUCAUUACGAGGAGCUAUGUUGGACAAAUACGUUUAUUGUGCAGAGAUUAUCCUAUUAGUUUACGAUGUUACCAAUAGUUCAAGUUUUGAAAUUCUUGAUGAAUGGAUUGCUGUCAUAAAUGAAAUAAAUGAUAAACAAAAAGAAAAUAAACCAUUAAUGGUAAUUAUUGGAAACAAAUGUGAUAUGGAUCAUCAAAGAACUGUCAAACGAGAUAAAUCACAUCGAUAUGCAGCAGAAAAAGGUUUUAUUUAUUAUGACAUGUCUGCACGAACUGGUGAAGCGGUAGCUUUAACGAUAGCAAAUCUUGCUGCUAAAGUACUCGGUGUACAAUUGACGAGAGUGGACCAAGAUUUUCAUAAACCAAUUAUUACAGCCGAAAUCGGAGACACUGUUGAUAUGCCAACGAUACAAAGAAUUGUCAAAAGACAUCCUACUAAGAAAUCCAUCUUGAAUAACAACUAUCCAACUCUUCCACUAUCCAAAUCAACAGUAUGCUCAUUACAAUAAUACAUAUGGUGUAUUUACGUAUAUAUAUAGUUUCACAGUACCUUGUAAAUUUUAUAAUUAAUUAUUUUAGCAAAUUUUUUAUGUGUGUAAAUGUAAGGAAAAAAAAUUAUUUA